AUGAGCUCCACGCAGACGCCCCCCGCUGAGCCCACGUCCGCCAAGCGCGCGGUCGAGCAGUUCGACCAGGAGUUCCAGCGCUACACGACCAAGCAGUCUGGCAAAAGCGCUCGCGCUGUGGCCAUGGCUCGCGCCGAGCUGGCCAAGUACAACGCGCUGGUGUUCCAGGACAAGAAGCUGGAGGAGGCUGGCGUGAAGAAGGGCCGCAUGUCUCCGGAGCUGCGCGCUGCCUACGAGAAGAAGAUUAAGAACCUGGAGGAGGCGCUGGACACGUUCCACCGCUCCGUGGCAGGGUACAACCGCACCAAGGCCAUCUUGUCCUUCGUGCUGCUGGUGGCGUUCGCGCUCAUGAUGUUCUUCCAGCCGUGGGCCAAGCACUUCGACAACCCCAAGGACCUGACGUACGCGGAGUACGAGGCUCUGGAGGAGGAGCCGACGCCGGCAGAGACGGUGAAGGUGACGGUGGAGGCCGACGCCGGCCUCAGCGACGAGCUCUAA